AGGGAGGCAAGAACUACUAAUUUGUUUAAACAUUUCCGAGGCAUGAACCAAGCAUUCUAUCUCCUAAAUUGGAACUAAAACGACAUUAUUUCUCAAAUUAAUUUUUUUAUAAUAUUCAUUUAUUUUAUAAAGAAAAUAAAAUCACUCUUGUUUUACUUCAUAUCAUCAUCCCUUUUUUCAAACAUUCAAUUUGCACUAAUAAAUGAAUUAAAGGUCAGCUCAGGACAAAUUUUUUCUAAUUCUAUGAAUAAAUCUCUCUCCUUUUUUGGUUGAUUAAUAAAAAUAUAUAUAAUUUUUUCAUAAACAGUAGGUCAUGCAUAAUCAUUUUAAUCAUAUGCGUUUCUUUCUAUUUAUUAAAUUCUUUUUUGUAAAUGUCGUUCUUUCUUGCUGGCAUCAGGAAGUGCGCCGGAAAAGAAGUCAAGCAGAUCAUAUCUUCCGCAUCUCUGUCGACGCCUGUCUCAUCUUUGCUAGUGAUGGGUUCGACCAACUCCACAUGAAAGCCAGGGCAUUAUGACGCAAUGGGAUCUCCUUUUUCUCCUCAUUUCUUCUCUGGGCAGUUAGAGGGCAAGGUCGAGCGACCGUAGCGGAAGAAGCAGGUGAAGGCAAUGGCAGGCGAUCGGAAGAUAGGGGUGGCGCUGGACUUCUCCAAGAGCAGCAAGCGUGCUCUCGAAUGGGCCAUCGACAACCUGCUCGGCCAGGGGGAGACUUUCGUUGUCCUCCACGUCCGACAUCCCAAGUCAUCCUCCACCGCCGAUCUCUCUUCCGACUCUGCUCUGAUUCCUCUGGCGGAGUUCCGUGAGCCGGAGGUGUUGAAACGCUACCAUUUGGAGACGGACAUUGAAGUCCUUGACGCGCUCGACACAGCGGCCAGGCAAAAGGAGGCCAAAAUUGUACUGAAAUUGUACACGGGGGAUGCGAGGGAGAAGCUCUGCGAGGCCGUGGAGGAACUGAAGCUGGACUCGCUGGUAAUAGGCUGCAGGGGACUCGGCAUGAUCCAGAGGAUUCUUCUGGGCAGCGUAUCGAGCCAUGUAGUGAUGCAUGCAGCAUGCCCUGUUACCGUCGUCAAAUAAACCCUACUUCAAGCAUUAGCAGAUCCUAUGUCCUUGACAUACGUCACAGAGUAAGCAGAAAAUUCAUGAGUGAAGAACAGCAUCCCUGAAGAGCAUCCUUCGUUCUAAAUAAAUUUACGCGAAGUACGCGAACAUUAUAUACUAGUCUAAAACUAAAUCUUGCGAGCUUGAAUGUUUCUUGAACUAUGCCGGUAGUCUUAUUGCAGUAGUAUUGUUAUUAUUAUUCUCUACUUGUGAAGCAAA